GCAUUCAUCCACGCACAUCAGCAACCUUGACCAGCUCGCCACCUAGCAUCAUCCUUUCAGCACCUAGUCAACAUCACUUCACCCCUUCUCCACCAACCCUCAAGAUGAAGUCCUUCGCUGCCAUUGCCGCCUUUGCUGGUGCCGCCGCUGCCCAGAACCUUGGACAGUGCGCUCAACUCUGCGUUGGCAACAUGGCCACCAUUGCCCAGUCCCAGUUCCAGUGCGCUCAGAACGACCCAGGGCUGCUUCUGCACCAAGUCCAACUGGGCUUACGGUAUCCGUGACUGCUCCCAACAGGCCUGCGGUGCCGAAGAGUCUGCUGCCGCUGUUAGCUACGCCGCCGGCAUCUGCCAGGGUUUCGCUGGCGCUAGCAGCGUCCCUGCCGCGCUCCCCAUCCUGAGCUCUGCUCUUGCUACUCUGCCCGCUGGUGCCAGCUCUGUGGUUGCUUCAGUUACAGGUUCGCUUGCUUCUGAGGCCCGCAGCGCCGUCACCACCGUUCCCCUUCUUGCCACUGUUACGAACUCUGACGGCUCUGUUGCGACCACCACCACUGGUCUCAGCACUGUCUACGGUUCGCUAACUGAGAGCGCAGCAAGCCAGGCCUCAAGCAUUGCUGCCUCGGCCAGCGGUGCUGUCAGCUCCGCUGUUGCGUCUGCCUCGUCUGCCGCCAACUCUGCUGCCUCUUCUGCUUCCGGCGCCGUAUCGUCGCUCCUCUCCCGCGCCAGCUCCGCAGUUGGCAGCGCCACCUCGGCUGCUGCCUCCUCUGUUCCUACCACCGGCGGUGCAUCCAUCGAGAAGGGUCUUCCCGUUCUCGCUGGUGUCGGUGCCUUUGCCGCUUUCUUCCUAUAAGCGCAUCGCACCCCCCCUACCCUAGGUCGUCGCUUGGCGGAGUAAUGUGCAUAAUGGAGAGAUUGACGGAGCGAUGACGCGAGGCCUUGGAUACCUUAAUUGGUGAUGCAUCUUUCUUACCUUCUUCACGGACACUACGGAAAGGCAUCAUGUUUACGAAUCAUGCGGAGAUGUCUUGAACAGUUGAUACCCUCGAAAAUGGGAUGGAUAUGGGCUCGGUGGCCCUCAGCAUUGGCGCUGGUACAUAGAAAAUGAAUCAAUCGUAAUACACUCAUCUGAA